UAAUUAUAACAUAAGUACAUUACGACGAUAAGCGAUUCCAACCGAGAUCAACUUCGUUUCCCCGGCGCAUUUUAGUACAACAGCAUGGAUGUCUCAAGGGACCCGAAUUUAAUUCCGGGUCGGAUCGAAGAUUCAGAUUCAGAACUCGAACUCUACACCAUUCCAAGUUCUUCCAGAUGGUUCACGUGGGACGAAAUCCACGAAACAGAGAAAACGGCGUUCAAGGAGUAUUUCGACGGAACCUCAAUUUCAAGAACGCCGAAGAUAUACAAAGAAUACAGAGACUUCAUCAUAAACAAGUACCGUGAAGAACCUUCUAGAAGACUCACGUUCACCGAGGUGCGAAAAUCACUAGUUGGUGACGUCACGUUUCUGUACAAGGUUUUCCUCUUUUUAGAGAGUUGGGGUUUGAUCAACUACGGUGCGCCUUCUGGUGGUGACGGUGGGGUUGCGGAGAAGGAGCACGAGGAAGAGAGGUGUAAGUUGAAGGUUGAGGAAGGUGCUCCUAAUGGGAUUCGCGUUGUGGCUACGCCUAAUUCGUUGAAACCUAUUUCGCUGCCUCGAAACACGAAGAGUGCUGGUAAUAAUGUCGGUGGGGUUGCUAUCAAAAUGCCGCCGCUGGCGUCGUAUUCUGAUGUUUAUGGUGAUUUGAUUAGUGGUAAGGAGUUCAGUUGUCGAAAUUGUGGGGACAAAUGUGGUUCUGGAUAUUACCGAAGUGCCAAGGAUAAUUUCAUUAUUUGCACGAAAUGUUUCGAAAAUGGGAAUUAUGGGGAGAAAAGGUCCAUGGAGGAGUUCAAAUUAAACGAGUCAAGUGAAAUUAGUGCCAAACAUGGUACUGUAUGGACUGAGGGAGAAACUCUUCUUCUUUUAGAAUCUGUUUUGAAGCACGGGGAUGACUGGGAACUUGUUGCUCGAAGUGUUCAAACCAAGACUAAACUUGAUUGUAUUUCAAAACUGAUUGAGCUGCCAUUUGGGGAGCUCAUGUUAGCCUCUGCUAACAGAAAUGGUAACAGUAAAAAUGUUACUGGCAUCAUGAACAACGGAAAACAAGUUCAGUCAUCUACAUCCAAUCACCAAGAAACUUCAACGACACAGGAUCAAUCUUCUGAGCCUAAAAAUGAAAAUCAGCAGAAUGGAGAUGUUGUGCAAGAAAGUCCUCCAAAAAGGCAGCGUGUUGCUGCACUGUCAGAUUCCAGCAGUUCACUGAUGAAGCAGGUGGGACUUCUCUCUACAGUGAUUGACCCUCAUAUCACAGCUGCUGCAGCUGAUGCUGCUAUUACAGCACUUUGUGAUGAGAAUUCGUUCCCAAGGGACAUAUUUGAUGUUGAAGAGGAUAAUGCUUGUAGUGCAAAGUCUCUUAUUAGUUGUUCAGCAAGAGCCCUCGAGGGUGAAGGUUCAGAGAUGGUGGAGAGGUCCACUCACCCAGAAAUAGACGUGGGAUGCCCAAAGGAUGACAUACCAUUGACACUACGUGUAAGAGCUGCAAUUGGAACUGCUCUUGGAGCUACUGCUGCUCGAGCAAAGUUGUUGGCAGACCAAGAAGAAAGAGAGAUUGAACAUUUAGUAGCAACUAUAAUUGAAGCUCAGAUUGAGAAAUUGCAACAAAAGGUUAAACAUUUUGAUGAAUUGGAGCUUUUGAUGGAAAAGGAACAUGCUGAAAUGGAAGAGCUGAAAGAUUCUAUCUUGACUGAAAGGAUUGAUGUGUUACGGGAGACAUUUAGAUCUGGUAUCACUAGAUGGAAGGAUUAUCCUUGCGCAAAAUCGUAGACAAGUUUGUGUGUAUGUAUCUGUAUAGUUUAGGUGCUGUAACUUAUGAUUGUACUAUUAUUUUACACCUGGGCCAGAUCAUUACUGUAAAACUUACACAAUACCGUUGAAAAUACUGUUAAAUGCUGAACAGUUAAGAGCUAACUGCUUUUAGAAAGUUUUUAUUUUGACUAAGGAAUUAUUAUUUUUUCUCCAU